CCGGAGCAACUAAUAUUGGCGGCCCUAAGUCACAUUGUGACUGUUGGCGGGUGAGAGGCUUCGGUCCUGAGGGGUUGGCAUCUGACACAUGAGGGCUCCUCCUUACGUCCUUCUCCAUUUUCCUCAUACCUUCAAUCAUGUUAACAGAAGCAAUUCGUGCAUCACAUAACGUACAAUCUAGAGCCACAUGGUUCAUGACAGUCAGACGCUUCGGACUCGUUACUGGUACUAUGAGAUCUUGAUUCUUAAACCCCUUGCAAAAAGCCAGGUUCGCAAAAAGUUGCCAGCAGACUCCGGGAGAACACGCUCACAAACCCGCCCCCCAACGCACAUUCACUCUCCUUCUCUAUGAUGCAUUCCUCCGUGUGAGGGAAGGGGUCUAUCCGAUGCUCAACCCCUAGUCUGUCUUGGUAACUGCCGAUCUGGUCCACACUUUCACCCAGGGGGCGCUCGAAAAGGGGGAGAUAUAUGGAGCACGGAGUACUCCGUACUAUGCUGAGGAAUGGUGUAUCUCGUUGGGGCCGUUGAACGGUUCCAUACAAGGAAGUUCGAAUUGAAAGUGCAGGCGCAUCACAGGGAAAUGAGAGUGAACCCACGAUCCUAUCGACUUGCUAUCCCGGUUGGAAUUUUAGUUUUUGAUUUGUUGCUGAUGGGCAACGACAGGACAUCGCUAAGAGUCAAGCUGGCUUUGGGAUCAUUGAGAGUGAGAAUAUGGGCACAAGUUGUUCAACCACUGGAUCUUGAAGCUGGAGAUCCGUGCUUCGAGUAUUUCAGAUAUGGGAUUUAUCUACUCCGUAUAGUGGGAUCAAAUACACGGCAUCACAAAAACUAGGGAAGCUGCAUAGCAAAGAUUCCGGUCAAAUAGAGGAAGUUGACGGCAAUCUGUAUUCCCGCUUUCCUGGUGAAUCUGCGAAGCUUGGGUUAUUACAGCAUGCUACUCCAGAUAGACCCGUGCUCCUUACUAUCCAGGACUCUAAUAUUAUCCCUGGCAUCUUCUUCAUACGGUGGAUUUGCGCCUCUGUACUCCGUACCCUGAUAAGGUUAUCCAUCUUCCUUGUUUUGCUAGCUUCAAACUCCGCAUAAGACAACACAGAUGGGAUUUUGAAGAAGUGAGUUAAGUCAGUACACCUGGUAGCUUUCAAAGAAAUCUACAUUUGGGAGAACUCGGUAGAAUAGCUACAGUCAAGUCUUUGCCGCGCUGAGCGUCUGGCGCUUUACUAGCACGCUCAAGGCUCUUGUACUCGCCUCAAGUCUUCAUGAAAGCUAGAAGGGAAUAUUUUUUAUAUAAA